AUGGCCGACUCUUCGUCUUCAAGCUUGAGAGGCGAAAACAGAUCGCGCCGCUCCUGGACAGUAUCUGCAGAAUCAAGUGCACUGGAGAGCAAUGGUCGCUCAUCCCAUGAUUCCACCCUCGAGAGACCAAAAACCCAAGGCGGAGAAGUAGUAGAUCCCAAGGCUGGCCCUAGUGGAUUCUCAAAGCUACUCGAGGCGCGUCGGAGGCGGAAAGAGAAUAAAAAGAAGAAUCAAAAACAAUCCGACGAGCCACCGGUGCCCACUGUGGUUUUGGAAAAUGACCUACAUGAAAGCCGAUCCAAUCAGUCCCGGGAUGGGACCUCCGCAGCCCCGUCGUCGAACGGAGAGAGCUUUGCGCCGGAGGGCGAAGGCAAUAGUCUGUUGACCGAUGAUGAAGAGCCAGACGGGCCUCCGCCGCUCACCUCGCAUAGCUCCCAUGCCGGAUUCUACACCUCGUCCUCACCUUUGUUUAAGACCAAAUCGGUAGAUGCCACAAACACGGAAGACUCUCACACCGAUGCCGAAUCAGCUGUUAGCGGUCUGAGUGCCACUGGCUCAGAAUCAAUCCCAGGCGAAAGAAUGUCCCGACGCGCAACAUCGGGCAUGGCAUUGGAUGUCCCCACGGACGCAAAUGGCAAGAAACGCGGGAUAUCUCCUGGAAGACGCUUUUUCAACUCGGACAAGAAAGGCGCCAAUGACGACACUGAGGAUUCAUCAAAUAAGUCUGGGGGCAACAAGAGUGGGCGGGGUCUGUUCGGAGCCAGCCGGCGGAGCAGUCUAUCAUCGAAACGAGCACAGGCAGCCCCCAGCGAUGUCCCGCCUGUACCUGCGCCAAUUCGUACCGAUCUAACGGACAACAAGCCUCGUUCGCUUGAAGCGAGCCCCAUGCCGAACACCCCCCUCAUACCGCUAUUCCUGCGCCAGCGACAACUUGCGCAAAUCUUGUCUAACAAUGUUACCGAUUCACCCGAGUCUCUACAAUCUGAAAAUUCUCCGUCCUCCGGAGUCACUACCGUGAGCCCCUCUGGAAACAUGAUCUCCCACCGCCGGGUGCGGUCCGCUUCUGCAGCUCAUGGCCCAAGUAAAUUGUCCACCUCGGUGUCUGCAUUGACGCCUCUUGAAGAAAAGACUCCCGGGGCGAAGAAUGUGCCUUCAACCCAACAAAGUGGCUUCUUCUCCUCGGUGUUUUCAGUGGCGCAAAACGCUGCCACCUCCUUCAGCAACACUAUCAAUGCACAACAGAAAAAUCGUCCAAUUGCCCAACCUGUUCCUGCUGAUGCAGAUAAAUCUGUCAAUGAACCCACUCCGGAGGACGGUGAAAGAACAUCAGACAACGGCAGCAAAAUUGCGGAAGGGAGACCAUCUGCCGUAGAGACUCUCGGGGCAGGCGAUCUGAACUUCAGUCAUCUGGACAUCGACGCACGACCCGGUGAGUCAAUCACGACUGCCGACGGCGUGGUGAUUACAAAACCAGGGAACCCAACUGACAAGCGCAAAAACACAGCUGUUUCCCGGCGAGAUGAUGAAGCUGCCAAACUUGAAGAUAAACGCGCAGCGCGCGCUGUUCAAGUAGCAUACGCGAGGCCCUCAGAUGCUUCAUUGGCGGGCCCCACAGAAGAGGCCCUGGAGAUUCAGUCUACUACCUCACUUCCGAAAGAUGGCCCAAUUAUGGGUGAUCAAACUCCCCCCAGUGGUAGUGUCAUUGACGGUGACCUAAGCGGUGGCAUUCGACGCACGGGUAGUGUGCGCAGUAGACUUGCCCGGCGCCAUCGGGGCUCGUCUGGGGCUACAACCUCGACAAUCGGAGCGAUUGGCAUGAAUGCCAUUGCACUUGGUGCUCCUGGUGUCAAUUCUAGUGUGCCUCGGUUGACUGGUUUCGCGGUUGCGAGUAAAAAGCGCAAUCGGGACUUUCACCAACUGUUCCGAAGUGUACCCGAAGAUGAUUAUCUUAUCGAGGAUUAUAGCUGUGCUUUGCAACGUGAAAUCAUUCUUGCUGGCCGCAUAUACAUCUCGGAAGGCCACAUCUGCUUCUCUAGUAACAUUCUGGGAUGGGUCACGACUCUAGUGAUCAGCUUCGAUGAGAUUGUUGCUAUAGAAAAGGAGAGCACAGCCAUGGUGUUCCCCAAUGCUAUUGCCAUUCAGACACUCCACGCGCGUCACACUUUCCGCAGUUUGCUAAGUCGCGAGUCCACAUAUGACUUAAUGGUUAAUAUUUGGAAGAUCAACCACCCCACCAUCAAAAGCUCUGUGAACGGAACCCGUGUGACCAAUGGAACCGGUGAUAAGACAGAGAAGGUUGGGGAGGGGGAGGAGGAGGGAAGCGGAUCCGAGAGCGAUGUUUCGGACGAAGACGAAAUAUAUGACGAGGACGAGGAAGGAGACCAUGCCGAUAGCUUCUUCGAGGCCGGUGACAGUGCCAACGCUAGUGCAGCAUCAUUGCCAGUGCGAAAAGGAUUAAGCCGCAAGGCGUCCAGUCUGUCCGCGAAUGCAGCUGUGCCAGCAGCCAGCACGAAUGGAAAUGGCGAUAAAAAGAACGGAGACAAAGGCACUUCCAAGGAUGCGCCUGCUGAUUUCCCAGGCCCGGCUACACAUGCACCCACCGAAUACGUCGACGCCAACGGACAGUAUGAAAAAGUCAUCAAAGAUGAGAUAAUUCCAGCACCGCUCGGCAAGGUCUUCUCUUUGGUUUUUGGCCCGGCGUCCGGCGAGUUUAUGACCAAGUUCCUUGCCGAGAAUCAAAAAUGUGGAGAGCUACAGUUCGAGGGAACAGCGAAAGGCUUAACGACCGAAUCCCCAACUAGGAAGUACUCAUACAUCAAACCCCUCAAUGCUCCAAUUGGCCCAAAGCAGACGAAAUGUAUCAGUACCGAGACCAUGGACUUACUAGACCUUGAGAAGGCCGUUCUUGUCACUCUGAGCACCCAGACACCGGAUGUGCCCAGUGGCAAUGUUUUUGCAACCAUGACCAAGUACCUCUUUACAUGGGCUCCUGGCAACCAAACUCGCUUCCUCAUGACCUGUACUAUUGAAUGGUCAGGCAAGAGUUGGCUGAAGGGCCCUAUUGAGAAAGGCGCAAUCGACGGGCAAACGACCUUUGGUAAUGAGCUUGUCAAAGCCCUGCAAGUUGGAGUUGCUCCCCGCGGGCGUACGAAUGGUGCGGGACGAGGCAAAGGAAAGCGCAAGAAGGGCGACGGCGCAGCGCGGGAGUCAGUCGCAGCUGCUUCGUUGAAGGUUACUGUGGAUCCCACCGCCGGAAAGGGAGGAUCAUGGGGACUAUUCGAACCAGUCCGCCCCCUCCUAGAGCCCUUCACCAGCGCUCUCAGCCCGCUAUGGAGUAGCAACGUCGCUAUCCUAAUUAUCGGAAUCUUAUUCUACAUGGCGUUCUUCCGAUCCUCGUCAUCCCCAUCCGCGCUUUCACAUGAAGUCGGCUGUCCCGGUCACGGCUUGCCCCAGAGACUGGCUGCAUAUGAGGAGAUGUGGCGACGUGAAGAGACUGAGCUCUGGAACUGGCUUGAAGACCGAGUUGGUAUGGACGGAAUGGUCUUUCCAAACGUUUACCGAUCGCCCGAGCCACACCCAAGUCGCAGGUCAUCCGGAGUCAGUACAAGUGAUGAGCGUGAGCUCGCUGCACGGCUUCGGGAAGAAAGGAUCUCUGACCGCGAGAUGGACCAUGCCCUCCGUACCACCCGCCAACGUCUCGACGUACUCGAAGAGAUGAUGGGCAAACGCAAAGCCCAAUGGGAAGCCGAAGAACCAGCCAAGUCCGAAUUGUGA